CUUCUCUUUGGCAUUCUCGGAGUCCUCCGCCUCCGCCUCCCUCGGGCGAGGAUUUCUAGGGUUCUUCGUCCUUCGUGAAAGAUUUCGUCGAUCUGGCCACGAAUUGCUCGAAUUGCGUGACUUGAUCCUGGCGCCAGGCUGAUAUUUCCAGGAUUUGUUGGAGGCGCGGGCCAGAGCAGGCAAGGCGGGGUGAGGUCAGGUCAGAUUCGGAAGUGCAAUUUUGUUUGGAUCAUACUUCAGACUUUUAAGCUAUAGUUACGUAUCAAAGAUAGUACAGUAUUAAAGGAUCGUCGUAUCUAAAGCAAGAGGAAACAAGCUGCACGAAGUAUCUAAGGUCGCAGGGGAUCCUUCGUACAGCUUGACUGCCGCUUGCAGCCAUGCCUUUGAGUUCCGAGCAGGCAAUUCUCUUCACAGAAGCUGCAACUUUCCCAUCGAAAUGUUCACCUCCAUCGGGCCCUUUGUUUGCUCAUUUUUCUGCAGCCUGGAAGAAAACUUCUGUGCAAAGCGAUUCUGUCAACGGCUGCCUUACUGUCAUGAGAGCUAGCUCGCCUCCACGUUCUAAGGAAGAGGCUCACAUAGACGCGCUUAAGGAGGGGCAUCGACUUCCUGGAAAUCCUGACUACUUGGACUGGGUCGUGGAACAUCCAUCGGCUUUGGACUCAUUCGAAGAAAUUGUCGAUGCUCUGAAAGGAAGGCAACUUGCGUUGUUCCUCGAUUACGAUGGAACUUUGUCACCCAUUGUUGAAGAUCCUGCGCGGGCAUUCAUGUCAACGGAGAUGCGAUCGGCAGUGAAGAGCGUGGCUAAGCUGUACCCGACAUCGAUAAUUACUGGAAGAUCCAGAGAGAAGGUGUAUGAAUUUGUUCAGCUGCCAGAACUUUACUACGCAGGCAGCCACGGGAUGGAUAUUAUGGGACCUGCCAAAGGUUCUCAUGGUGUCACUGUUUCUGGAACACUGACAAAAAAUCAAGAGGGAGAAGACGUGGUUUUCUUUCAACCCGCCAGUAGAUUUCUUACCACAAUGAGGGAGGUUUUCGACAUUUUGGAAAGGCAGAUGAGUUUCAUUGAGGGAGCCCGCGUUGAGGACAACAAGUUUUGUCUUAGCGUACAUUUCCGCCAAGUCAGAGAACAGGAUUGGCAAUUUCUAGCUCAGGAAGUUCAGAGCGUUUUGAAGAGAUAUCCUGAAUUAUCCAUAACGCACGGCCGAAAGGUACUCGAAAUCCGUCCAUCCAUAAAAUGGGACAAAGGAAAAGCAGUCGAAUAUCUUCUAGAAGCUCUUGGCCUAGGCGACAGCCGAGAUGUUCUGCCGGUCUAUAUUGGGGAUGAUCGAACGGACGAAGAUGCGUUUGAGAUACUAAAUAACAAGUUUAAUGGCUACGGGAUCCUAGUUUCCAACGUUCCAAAAGCAACAGGAGCGACUUACUCGUUACGGGACACAUCUGAGGUUCAGCAAUUUUUGAAGCGCCUGGUACAGAUUGAGAAAAUCGAGAAGAACUAUCACAAGCUGUGAGCGACCGAACCGAAGGCUGGCAUUCGCACACGCUGCGCAAAGAAGCGGAGAAGCGCCAAUGCGAUGGUGGUGGUAGUCUGCUAUUCUUCUCUCGGCUUUAGAUGAUGAUAACGGGUUUUUAUAUUUUUCUCCAUAGGUACUAGCAGCGAGAAUAAAAAACGAACUGUGAGCGCGCUAAAAAGCUGUUCAUUGCUCCUUAGCGAGUAAGCAAGAGAGUGUGACUAUAAAAGUGAUGUAAGCUUCUGGUGGGUUGUCAUGUAUUUCCUAUUGUUGUA